UAGACCCCCUUGCUUCCCUUUCUUUCCCAUCUUUGCUUUGUGUGUUGUUUUAGGAUUAUUGUGUUGCCAUUACAUGCACUUGAUGAUGAUGAUGGCGGAUCAAGGCGGAAACAACGUGGUUACGAGGGAAUACAGGAAAGGGAACUGGUCCGUCCACGAAACGAUGGUGUUGAUCGAGGCGAAGGAGAUGGAUUACAAGAGGAGGAUGAAGAGAAGCAACGACGGCGAAGGGAGAGGCAAACCGACGGAGCUGAGAUGGAAAUGGGUGGAAGAUUAUUGCGGGAGAAAAGGGUGUUUGAGGAGCCAAAACCAGUGCAACGACAAGUGGGAUAAUCUCAUGCGGGACUACAAGAAAGUGAGGGAGUACCAGAAGAGAAUGGCAGCUGAUAGUAAAGGAGGAGGAUCGUAUUGGGAGAUGGAGAAGAACGAAAGGAAAGGAAACAACUUGCCUAGUAACAUGUUGCGCCAGAUAUAUGAGCGUUUAGAGGAGGUGGUGGAGAAGAAAGGAGCUCAAACGGUGGGGGCUAGUGGAGACGGCGGCGACGGUGGGUCAGAUCCUAAUAUUCCCAACUUACCCUAUGUUCUGGAUAGACCGAUGGCCAUUAUGCAACAAGAAGUUCAAGUUCCUAUAGCGGCUGCUACUCCAUUAUCUCCGCCACCAGCACCGCCAUCAACAGAACCUACGGCUCCUUCACCACUGUUACAACCACCUCCAAUUUCAUAUGCUCAGCCACUGCCCACCGUAGAUUCUGAUACGAGUGAGUAUUCAGACUCACCGGCAAAGAGAAGGAGAAGAAGAGGAGAUAAUGGUGAAGGCACCAGCGGUGGUACCGGCACCGGUGCCAACAACUCGAACGAAGUGAGCACCGCCACCGCAAUCUCAAAAAGCGCUUCCAUUAUAGCCGAAGCCAUCCAGGCUAGUGAAGAAAGAGAGGAGAGACGACAUAGAGAUCUCCUAAGCUUCCAUGAGAGAAGACUAAAGAUCGAAGAAUCCAAGACAGAGAUCAGUAAACAAGGCAUCAAUGGCCUGGUCGAUGCCAUUAACAAGCUUGCUAAUUCCAUACUUGCUUUAGCUUCCCACAAGAACCAAUCAUCAGCUCCAAAAUGAGAUAUUAUUAAUCACAUUGGUAGUUUGUAUAUUGUAAUUGGUAAUCUCAUUUGUCAUCUAUGUUUCAUGUU